AUGAAGUCUUACGAGAAAAUUGAUAAAACGAUUUCAAAAGCAGCGCUGCAGAAGAUUACUCGGAAUUUGUGGUAUUUAACUGACGAAGUUUCUAUAUUAUCACUGUUUGAUGAUGAUGUGGACCAAGAAACUAAAGUCAAAAUGGUUCAAAAUUUAAAAAAAGAGGAAGAAAUAACUCACGGAAAACGAUACAUCCCAUCGAAAGAAGAACUUUGCGGUUCAUUGUAUGAAAAAAACAUCUCUGACUUCAUUUCAGAGGAACAAAAACAAUUUUUAUUACGUUGCGUACAAGAACACCGGAAAAUUUAUCCUGACUCUAAAAAACAAACGUUAAAAAGAAAAUUUGAACAAUAA